AUGGACAGGGCGCGUUCUGGUUCACCUGGCGCCAGCCCCACAACCGUACUCAAGAUUUGGGUGCAAGAUGGCAUUCCUUCCACCCCCGCUGCCGGCUCGUGGGGUUCGCUGGCGACGCGAGCGCGGCUGCGAUGGGCCGACGACCGACAGUGCCUGGAGGUGUGCGAGCGGGAGACCCUGCGCGUGUUGUGGGCCGUGCCGCCCGGCAACGUCACACGCGCCUCAGACAGCUCUCGAUAUUUCGCUCUCACCAGCACCACCGGUGUACGGUUAGGCAUCGCCUUCCACACCAAAGAGGAAAGCGUGGAUUUUCUCAACACCCUGAUGGGCAAGGGCGAGCCGUGUACGAUAGUGAAGGAGCACCGACCGCCAUCGCAGCGAAAGCACCGCGAGCUGGAGCUCAAGGCGGGCGACCAGGUGGUGGUGGUGGCCCGGGACAAGGAGUGGUGGUGGGGCAUCAAGGUGCGCGACCCCGCCCUGGGCGUCACCUCGGCCGUCUUCGGCUGGUUCCCCGCCGAACACGGCGCCCUCGACAGCCCUACCACCGCCGCCCGGCGUCGGCGUUCCACCUCCUCGUCUCUCCCGCCGAGCACCGAAUCCGAUGACGUGUCGUUGGGCGACGAGAGCGGCAAGCUGUGCUGCGUGUGCUAUGAGGGCGCGAAGGACGCGCUGUUCUUCCCGUGCCGCCACAUCGCGUGCUGCAUGGAGUGCGCGACGGCCCUCACCACCAAGUCCAGCUCGUCCCACUGUCCCAUCUGCCGGGCCGCCAUCCGACAAGUCGAACGGGGGUUGUAG